CAAAUUGUAAAAACAAAAUCACAACAGUACCGAUUAGUCAGAAUCCACAAUGAAGUUGAUAUUAUUUUAUUGUUUUGUUCUUGGCUUUUUAUCAAGAAACACCAAUGGAGACCUUGCCAAUAAAAAAUUUCCCGAAAAUUUCCGCUUUGGUGUCGCCACAGCUGCGUACCAGAUAGAAGGUGCAUGGAAUGAAGAUGGCAAAGGUGAAAAUGUGUGGGACCGCUUCCUUCACGAAAACCCUUUUAUGGCAGGCUAUCAAAAUGGUGACGUCGCUUGCGAUUCUUAUCACAAGUACCUCGAAGAUGUGCAACUCUUGAAAUACCUAGGGGUCAACCAUUACAGGUUUUCUUUAUCUUGGUCCCGAAUUUUGCCAACAGGUUAUGUUAAUCAAGUAAAUCAAGCAGGGGUUGAUUACUACAAAAAUUUAAUCAGCGCCCUGGUAGAAAACGGCAUCGAACCUUUCGUAACCCUUGUUCAUUUUGACCUUCCACAACCCCUUCAAGACAUCGGUGGAUGGCCCAAUCCCCAACUUGCCGAUUAUUUUGCAGAUUAUGCCAGGUUGGCUUUUACACUGUUUGGCGACGAUGUGAAAAACUGGAUGACAUUUAACGAACCAAAACAGCCUUGCCAGUAUGGACAUGGGUAUGGUUAUUUUCCUCCAGGUUAUGCAACAGAUGGUAUUGGUGACUACCUGUGUGCACACACGAUCAUCAAAGCCCACGCAAGAGCGUACCACAUUUAUGACGAAGAGUUUAGAAGUCAACAAAACGGUCGAAUAUCUAUUGUUCUAGACACAUAUUGGUAUGAACCAAGCAGCGACAGCGAUGAAGAUAAAGAAGCGGAGGAACGACAACGUCAGUUUACUUUUGGAUGGUUCGCAAAUCCCAUUUAUCAUCCUGAUGGUAAUUACCCGCAGGUUAUGAUAGAUCGGAUUGCUGAACGAAGUAAACAAGAGGGAUUCUCCAAAUCUCGUCUCCCAGAAUUUACAACAGACGAAAUUGAAUAUAUUAAAGGCACAUACGAUUUUCUUAGUCUGAACACUUAUUCAACAUAUUUGGUCAACUGGACAGAAGAGUAUCCUAUAGGAAACCCUAGCUGGGAUGCUGACAUUAGUGUUACGACUUAUCAAGACCCUUCUUGGAUUGGCUCGACGAGUCCAACUUUAGACAUCGUGCCAUGGGGUAUGCAAAAAGUACUCAGCUGGAUAGACCAAACUUACAACCAUCCAGAAAUUUUUAUCAGUGAAAAUGGUUAUGCUGAUAAUGGAGACCUAAAUGAUUCUCAAAGAAUUGAUUUCCUCUCACAAUACUUAAGCAACGUUCUACUGGCGAUAUUCGACGAUGGUGUUAAUGUUACAGGUUAUACAGUGUGGAGUUUAAUAGACAACUUUGAAUGGUUACUGGGAUAUACGGCAAAAUAUGGAUUAUACCAAGUUGAUUUUGACAGUCCCAAUUUAACUAGAACUAUAAAAGAAUCGGGGGAAUAUUAUAAUAAUGUUAUAGUCACAAAGUGCCCUGUUGAUACGUGCGAGGACUAACUUAGUCUAUGUACUUUUACACAAUUGUAUAAUCAAGUAUAUUGCUAUCGUAUAAAACACUUAUUACUAAAUAA